CUUGCCGCGGUGCAGCGCCCAAACCGCGCCGGCCGCCCCGCCCCGCCCCCGCGUGCGCCGCCAAACCCGCCCGGCCGGAAACACCCGGGGCGACGCGCGGAGCCCGGCCCGCAAACAGCGGCCCCUGCCGGCCGGGAGGUGGCACUGCACCGCGCCCGGCCCGGAGCGGGCAACGGGCACCGGGCACGGGACACAGGGCACGGGACACAGGGCACCGGACACCGGACACCGGGCACAGGGCACCGGGCACCGGGCACGGGAUACCAGUUUGGCAGAGCCCAUGGCCACGGCAGCAGCUCCGCUCCUGUCCGGGCAGCGAAGCCCCGUCCAGCAGGAGCUCUCGGGUGUGGAUGCCCAGGCAGGUCAGAACUUCAUUCUGCAGCAGCCCCAGGCCAAGGUGUCAGUGGCAGUGGGGGAGACGCUCACCCUGAGCUGCACCACAUCUGGAAUUGCUGCACCAGGUCCUGUGAUGUGGCUGAAGGGCUGGGGCAGUGGGAACACGACUGUCUAUGACCAGAACAAGCAGGAUCCCUUCUCCCGUGUGACGAGAGCAGUGAAUGAGUCUGACACAGACUUCACCAUCCACAUCAGGAACUUUCAGCCCGAUGAUGUUGGCACCUACUACUGCGUGAAGUUUGUCAAGGGGGACACUGGUGAGGAUGUGGUGUUUCGGCAUGGCCGUGGCACCGAGGUGUCCGUGCGUGAGGCAGCCCUGCUUCCUGGAAUGGUGGCUGCAGCUGUAGUGCUCUGCUUCCUCCUCCUCGUCCUCUUCGUGGCCCUUUGCAUGUGCAGGAGGAAGCGCCAAGCGGGGGUGGGCAGCCCCGGCCCAGCCAGGACAGUGGCCAUGGGCAGCUUCUCAUCUGUCCCUCUGCGGGGCUGGGCAGGGACCCCCAGCACGCCCAGUGAAGUCCUGGUUGCAGAGAGGUCCCACCAGCCCAGACAGCAGAGCAGCAAGGAGAACAGCAUCCACUACGCCAACCUGCAGCCCCUGCCCCCGGCCCCGCGGCGCGGCAGGAUCCCGGGCACUGCCCCCACCGAGUAUGCCAGCCUCAGGGUAGCUGCCAAGUGACUGGUGGCACCACUGCCUGUGCGGCCAGGCUGUGUCAGGGUGGAAGAAGGGACGUUUCUGCAGAAGAAGAAGUGGAGCUGUUUGCAUGGUGUACCCUCAUCUCGGCUUGGCACACUGUGGUCACCAUGUUUGCAUCUCAGGGGAGCUCCCCCAGGACCUGGAAGAUUUCUCGACCACAGGAUGAGACCACGAGGCCGAGCACCUCUGCCUUGUGCAAGCUGUUUUGUGCUGAUAACACCAGGAGGACCUCACACACACCUGUGUCCACCAGCAUGGGCCUCCACCGGCCCUUUCCCAGGCCACAGGUCUGUAAUUUGUGUUAUCUUUUCACCACUCUCAUUAAAGCCAGUAAACAGC